GAGCUGCUCUGCGCAUGCUCGUCCGGCCGCCUACCUAGGAGGAUUCGCUUAGCAGGAAAGAAACUUUUCCGGGAUAAUGUCGCUACCCUGUCUUCAGGAGCCCGUCAGAAAUAGUUUAAUAGAUGACGCUAAGGCCCGCUUAAAAAAGCAUGAUGCUGGGACCAAAUAUUCUCACUUGCCAUCUAGCAAAUAUUCCAUCCUUUUACCACUGCUGGCUAAAGAAGGAAAACUUUACCUGUUGCUCACCCUCCGGUCUGACAAGCUCUCCUCUUGCCGUGUCCAGCUAAGAAGGUCACCCGGCGAGGUCUGCUUUCCCGGAGGCAAGAGGGAGCCUACAGACAAGGAUGACAUGGCCACAGCGCUCAGGGAAGCCCAAGAGGAAGUGGGGCUGUGUCCUCACCAAGUGGAGGUCGUCUGCCGCCUGGUGCCGCUGCUGAUCGAAGGCAAUGCACUGGUAACCCCUGUGGUAGGAUUUAUAGACCACAACUUCCAGGCCACGCCUAACCCUGACGAAGUUAAGAAUGUGUUCCUGGUGCCACUGGAAUAUUUCCUGCGUCCCCGUGUCUAUCACCAGAAUCACAUAACACUAUCUGGUUAUAAUGUUAUUGUCCAUUGCUUUGAAUACACAGACCCUGAAGAUGGUGUGACUUACUGUAUCAGGGGAAUAACGGCAAAAUGCGCCUUGCUCAUUGCCUUAAUUAUUUUGGGGCAAAAACCGACCUUUGAGAUUGAAUUUAAUCUCAGCGAUCUGAUAGCAUCCUCUGAAGAGACUUUCCUAAAGCAUUAUAAACACGCUACAGGCAAGUUAUGACUGAUGAGAGCAAUAUCCAAGUAACAAUCCAAGCAGUGUUUGUGUUGUGCGUGUUGAUCCACAGAAGAACAAUGGAAUUCAACAGGUGGGAAUAUUUUUCUUGCAAUGUGGAAGGGAAAACCUUGUCUUUUUUCUUCCAGUUUUCCUCUCUCAUAAAGAAAGCAAAAGCCUUUCAAAAGCAGAAAAAUAUGGCUCUAGUGUUGCAUCCAUUUACAAUAUGUCAAAAUAUUUUUUCCUUACACAUGUAAGCAAAGGAUCAGGCACAGUGUAGACACCUAAUAAAUUCUGUCGACUGGA